CCCCUUAAACAGGGGUUGGACAUCAACUUUGUCAGGUUCAAAGACGGACAGCGGCAGACACUGCAAAAUGAAGAGGGCUCCAUUGAGAGGUGGCAGCAGCUUUACAAGGAGGGGUGGAGUCUGCAAGUACACCAACCGCAGCGCUUCUGUGACGCCCUCACCCGCCUGUGUUCCUCCCUAGAGAACCAGUUGGGAUGCCUCGUGGGAAGCAAUGCAUACCUGACCCCUGCAGGGGCACAGGGUCUGGCGCCGCACCACGACGACGUGGAGAUAUUCGUGGUGCAGACGGAGGGCCGCAAGCGCUGGUGGCUGAUGUCAGACACUGAAGCCUCCCUUGCUGUGCAGUCCCGGCUGCCGCCUGCUGAAGGCAGCCUGCCUGAGGCUGGUGAGGCCCCCACGGAGUCGAGUGUGGUGCGCUGCCGAGGAUCUGGGCUGUUCAGGAUGAUGCCACUGCCGGCCCAAGACGCCCCAGAGGACAGUGAAGAGGGCUGGGUGAAGGUGAAUUCCCUCCAGUCAACUGUCAAUCUAAGCAAGAUAACUCCCCGGCUCUGA